AUGACCCUGGAAGAGAUCGUGGCGUGUGACAACGCGGCGCAGAAGAUGCAGACGGUGAGCGCCGCGGUGGAAGAGCUUCUGGUUGCGGCGCAGCGCCAGGACCGCCUCACCGUGGGGGUGUACGAGUCGGCCAAGCUAAUGAAUGUGGACCCUGAUAGCGUCGUGCUGUGUCUCCUGGCCAUAGACGAAGAGGAGGAAGAUGACAUCGCUUUGCAGAUUCACUUCACACUCAUCCAGUCCUUCUGCUGCGACAAUGACAUCGAUAUUGUGCGGGUGUCAGGCAUGCAGCGCCUGGCGCAGCUGCUGGGGGAGCCCACCGAGGCCCAGGGCUCCACAGAGCCCCGGGACCUUCACUGCCUCCUGGUCACGAAUCCUCACACAGACGCCUGGAAAAGUCAGGGGCUGGUAGAGGUAGCCAGCUACUGUGAAGAAAGUCGAGGAAACAACCAGUGGGUCCCCUACAUCUCCCUGCAAGAGCGCUGA